GCUCUCUCUAUAUAUAUCUCCUCGUUUGCUUUCUUCUCCAAUCACACUUAACACUAGAGAAAGAGUUUGUUCAUCAAAAACACUAGAGAAGAGAGAAAGAAAUGGAUAUGGGGUCAGAAAAAUGUGAUACAAUAAUGGAAAUAAGGUCUGGAGGAGAUGAUACAAUAGAACUCUACAGCGCUUCAGCAAGAGGGUGUAUGACCACGUUGAAUUUACUGAUCCACAAUGACUCGCAUAUCCUUAAUAAAGUUUCGUUGUCCUCUUUUAGUGAAACCCCAUUACACAUAUCAGCCUUGCUUGGCCACUUUGAUUUCACUAGAGCCCUUUUGAAUCUAAAACCUGAAUGGGCUGCUAAUUUAGACUCCCAAAAACGUUGCCCCCUUCACUUGGCUUCUGCCGAGGGCCACAUAAAGAUUAUUCAAUCAUUGUUAAAUGAAAACAAUGAUACUUGCAUGUUUCAGGAUCAAGACGGAAGAAUCCCUCUCCACUAUGCAGCCAUGAGAGGACAAAUUGAGGUCAUGAGGGAAUUGAUAUCGGCACGACCUGACUCAACUCAAGUUAUGGUCAACAAGGUAGAGACUGUUUUGCAUCUGUGUGUUAAGUACAAUCAAUUGGAUGCUCUAAAACUAUUGGUGGAUUCAUUGAGCAAUGAGGACUCUCUUAUCAAUUCCCAAGAUCAUGAAGGGGGCAAUACCAUCUUGCAUUUAGCUGUGAUGCUAAAGCAAACUGAGAUGGUAGAAUACUUACUUUCAUUACCAAAAGUGAAAGAAGGAUCAGAUAUACAGAAUCGAAUUGGCCUAACAGCCUUAGAAGUCUUAGAGCACUGUUCAAAAGACUUUAAAAGCUUUAACAUUCAAAAAAUGUUAAUGGAUGCUAGUGUUGAAAGAGCAAAGAACCAAAAUAUUCUCUCACCAACUCCUAUGUCGUCUCACCCUAAAUCUGCAACACCAGCACGGUCAAGCAAGAAAAGGUUGGGCAAAUUGUUAAGCGACUUACAAUUUCAAGUUGAUAUGAUUGAUGAGACACGUGGUUCACUAAUGGUGGUGGCUACUGUAAUAACAUCUAUCACUUUCCAAUCUGGAGUUGGAGUUGAGCAUGAUGAGGUUCCAAAUAAUUUCCAGUCCAACAUUUUUUUUAUGAGCAAUAGCAUCUCUUUCGCUGCAUCUGUCAGUGUCAUAUUUUUGCUUAUUAGCGGAUUUCCUCUCAAGAAUAAGGUUUGUAUGGGCAUCUUGACAUUUGCCAUGGGUAUCACUUUGAUAUUCCUGGUCGCUGCCUAUGUAUCUGGAUCUCCUUUUGGGAAUAGUUUUGGGAAUAGCCUUGGUAUAAUUAUAGGACUAGGUGUUCUGGUUGUUGUGGCUGGUGCGAUUCUUCUAAUUUACAUAAUUCGUCUUUUCAUGUGGCUAGCAAGAACAAGGUGUAUACGAAAAUUCAUUUCUACAUGUGGAAUGCGCUAACAAGUUGGACAAGCAGGAUUUGGUUGACUCGUAUUAUCUAAGAUGGGAAACUAGAAUUGCUACUAGCAACUGUGAAACGGCAGGAGGCAGAGAUGGUAUCAUAAUAUAUUAGCUACAAUCCAAGUUAAGAAUGUCUUUUGUUUCCUUCUUUGUUUUCGUUUAUUUUCGUUCCUUUCUGCUUCUUGUUUGAUUGAAAAUUCAAACUAAUAUCAUUUGUAUUUUGGUUGCAUUUUGCAAAGAUUAUCUGUAACAAAGUAAAAGAGUGGUAAUGAAAUGUGUAAUUUAAUUCGUAAAUUUCUUUUCCUAUCAUUGUAAAAAGAGUGGUAAUUAAUGAAAUGACUAAUGGAUUUGGCUAGCUUAGAUUUGA